AUCUGCUCAGAAUUGGCAGCACGUUGAAUAUUUUGCGUCCAAUUUCGAUUCUUACGAGCAGAUAUAAAUGUAUUUUCAUGGUAAUUUGAUGGACCGAGCAGUGAAGAAACUGUAUGAUCCUUGACCAACUGAACGUUUCGAUUCCACAUGGCUCUCCUUUCUCCAUCGGAGCGCUUCCAAUGAGCUAAGAUGGUUCAGAAAUCCAUAGACUCCAAAUUCAGUGAAUAUGGACAUGGAAAUUCUGGGAAGGACGUGUCUUCUCAGGAAAAGCAACUGCAGAUUUCUGCAAAGAAGACGGCAUUAAGGGACUUGCAAAAUGAUAAUAGGAUCACAGCUUCCAAUUGUCCUGGAAGCUCUCCUCUUUUGAAGGAAAGAGGUACCAGUAGUGACAUCAUUAAAGUUUCUGGUAACAAGAGAGCCUCACCAGUCUGCCCUGCAAGUCCAUCUCAUCUCCAUUCUUCACCUUCUAAUGCUGCAAAUGGGCAUCUUGUUUACGUCCGUAGAAAAUCUGAUGCGGAUAUAGGGAAGAAUAGUCCUUGUGGUAAUACAAGCACAAAAGCUGAUUAUCCAAAUCUACACAAACUUGGUCAACUAGCUGAAACUGCACAUCUCAAAUCCCAGGUUAAGGAGCUGCAGAAUCAUUGCUUUCAAGCAUUUGCUCCUUUUCCAAUGGUGUCUCCCAUGAAUGCACCUGGAAAACCUUCAGUUCCUCAUCACGUUGGAAAGUGUGGCACUAAUUUAGCCACAGCAGAAUCAAACUUCCGUUCUGCCCCUUCUACUGCCCCUUCGGUAGGCAUCCCAACAGGAUGGAAAAAUUUGCAGUGGGAAGACAGAUAUCAUCAGUUGCAGUUGUUAUUGAAUAAAUUGGACCAAUCAGAUCAACAAGAUUAUCUUCAGGUGCUCCGAUCGCUGUCAUCAGUUGAACUUAGCAGACAUGCAGUUGAAUUGGAAAAGAGAUCCAUUCAGCUCUCGCUUGAGGAAGCAAAAGAGCUGCAGCGAGUUGGGGUUUUGAAUGUGCUGGGAAAUCCUGUAAAGAAUAUCAAAGCGCCGUUAACUCAUCAAGACGGUUCAGAGACAUAAGAGUAUAUGCGUAACAUAUUUUUACUUUUCACCCUGUUGUUCUUCACGUCGGUUGGACGAAGAUGCCGUGCUGGGCUGUGGUUGCAUCGAGUUUGUUCUAAACUAGGAAUUCUCAGCUGCCACCAACCGGAUGCUUGCUGGUUUCUUGUAAUAUUCUGCCUACUUAUUUUCUCUAACAAUAUUUCUCAUUUGUUUUGCAAAGGUUGUAAGAAAAGAUUGCAAACGUCUUCACUGUUAACAGGAAAAAGAAUGGAAACAAAAUCCCCACUGGUUUCAUCCUUGUACUGAAAA